AUGGUUGCAUUCUCCGCUCUUGCUCUCGGGGCUCUGUUUACUCAGGCGUGGGCUAUGCCCGCUGCCUCGAGCUCGGUUGUGAGCUCUGCUGCUGAGCCCACGGCUGCUUCCACCUCGCUGCCGGUGGCCGCUGCUCAACUCGACCAGUUGGCUGACUUGGCCUAUAACAUCUCCAGCGCUAGCGUCUCCAGUGACUCGGACAUCACGAAGCGCGGAGGAUGUGGGAUCCAGAACCUUCGCAUUCGUCGCGAUUGGAGGUCCUUCUCGAAACCGCAGAAGAAGUCCUACAUCAAGUCUGUGCUUUGUCUCACAGAGUUGCCAGCCCGUACCCCCUCCAACGUGGCUGCUGGUGCCAAAUCUCGUUACGAUGACUUUGUUGCUACGCACAUCAACCAGACUCUGGGCAUUCAUUACACGGGUACCUUCCUGGCGUGGCACCGUUACUUCAUCUGGAACUUCGAGGAGGCACUCCGUAACGAGUGUGGCUACACUGGUGACUACCCGUACUGGAACUGGGCCGCCGAUGCUGACGACCUGGAGAGCUCCGAAGUCUUUGACGGCAGCGACACCUCCAUGUCCGGCAAUGGUGUCUACAUCCCAGCAGCCGGCGAUAUCCAACUGGCUCUGGGCGCUUACCCGACUGUCGAUCUCCCCACCGGAACAGGUGGUGGUUGUGUCACUAGUGGCCCCUUCCUGAACUACACCGUCAACAUGGGCCCAGCCGCCUUGAAUCUCCCUGGCGGAAAUGUCAGCGUCGCUGAAAACCCACUGGACUACAACCCACGUUGUCUGAACCGCGAUCUGACGACCGCCAUCGUCAAGAGCUACGCCAACUACACCUCGGUCGUGGAUCUCAUUCUCCGCCACGACUCCGUUUGGGACUUCGAGAUGAACAUGCAGGGUGUCCCCGGCAGCGGGUCUAUUGGUGUUCACGGUGGUGGUCACUACUCCAUGGGUGGUGAUCCUGGUCGUGAUGUCUAUGUCAGCCCUGGUGACCCGGCUUUCUGGCUCCACCACGGUAUGAUUGAUCGUACCUGGUGGAUCUGGCAGAACCUGGACCGCAAGAACCGUCUCAAUGCCAUUUCUGGUACUGCUACUUUCUUGAACAUGCCUGCCUCGCCAAACACUACUUUGGAUACCAUGGUUAACGUUGGUUUUGCCGGUGAAGGCCCUAUUGCUAUGAGCGAUAUCAUGAGCACCACCUCUGGUCCUUUCUGCUAUAUCUAUAUUUGA